UUCUCUGACCCCACUCCAUCAGGCAUUUCACCCCCGCUGCAACCCACUCAGCAGCCGCCUGCGUAGCCAUGGCGAAGACGGGAAUCAAUGUUCGAGGUGUAGUUUCUGUUACCCUAUUGCUUGUGCGAUGUCAUGGCUUCUGUGCUCCCAGUCUGAGGACAUCAACAGCACUCAAUAGAGUCCACCCCCCGACAGCAGUAGCCACGACAUCACCAACUCGGCACCAUCUGCCAGCGUAUGAUAGCCCACUGUCUGCCACUACGGUUGCCGCACGACGAGAGUCGUCGCGCUCGCGAUCAAGGGUGGCUCUAGCUGGGACCACGGUGGAGCCUGUGCCCACUGGGUGUCCUCCUCCUGCUUCCGAGGCCGAUGCCGGAGACCUCCCGGACGUGAUCGACAUCCUAGGGGUUAGCUUUGAGCGCUGGAGGAAAAACUACACCGAUGGACCGGCGUCACUCUCCGCUACCGGGGUAGCUGCGAACGGCUCGAAGGUUGACGGCGAUAAGAUGGUGCUCUUGUAUUUGCCCGGGAUCGAGGGGCUUGGUACUUCGGUCGAGCCCCAGCUACCUGCUCUCUCCGAGAAGUUCGACGUGUUCAGGCUCAUCAUCGGGGCAGAAGAUAGGUCCACCUUCUCAACGUUGUCCAGAGCGGUGACUCAGUUCGUUGACGUUGCUAGCGGAAAGGGUGGUGGGAACCAGGAGAAGAAGACGGUGGUUCUCGGGGAGAGCUUCGGAGCUAUGCUAGGCAUCCGUCUUGGGCAGCUCAGACCGGAGCGUGUACAGGCGGUCUUCGCCGUAAACCCGGCCACGAGCUUCGGCCGCACAGCGUGGAGGUCUCUGGGUCCUCUCUUGUCCCUCGCCCCCAAGAGCCAGUACAAGGCCGCGUCGGUGGCGGUGUUCGCUGCAACCAUCCCGGAUGUGUCCCAGAUGAUGAGCGUGGUGGACGUCAUGAUCGACCCCAACAACGGAAUUAAGGUCACGGACAGACCCAAGGCCCUGGCCGACAGGCUGGGGGGGUUGUGGGAAAUGAUCUCAGAAGUUUCCGAGAACCUUCCCCCGGCGACUUUGAGAUGGAGGAUCCAGAACUGGCUGGCUGCGGGACAGGGCCGUGUCGAAAGGGGGCUUGCAGACAUGAAGGUUCCGGUGGUCGUUGUUGCGGGGUCCGCGGAUAGGCUCCUGCCCUCGGUGAACGAGGCCGAGCGUCUGAAGAACCUUAUACCGGGAUGCCGGAGCAUGGUGCUCGAGGGACACGGACACGCUCCACUCUUCGACGGCCGGGUGGACAUGUCACAAAUCAUAGCCGGAGAUUCCGCGUUGGAGGGCGUUGUUUUUCCGGAGGGUGACACUGAGCAGCACAAUGGAGAUGAAGAAGGACAAGGCAAGGACAUGAAGUCGCUCUUGUCCGGGGUGUACUCGAAGGACUGGGUGAACGACUUCGUCGAGCCUGACGCGAGCGUGAUUGAAGAGGGGAGAAAGACGAUCGACUUCCUCUUGAAGAGCGUGAGCCCGGUUUUCUUCUCCACCGGCGCUGACGGCGUCACCGUGUCCGGGCUGUCGGAAGUUCCUGAUGGAGACAACUCCACGAGCCGACCAAUCAUAUUCGUCGGGAACCACCAACUCUUGGCGCUUGACCUGGGGGUCAUCGUGGAAAGGCUGUUCUCUGAGAGAAAAAUUCUGGCCAGAGGGCUUGCCCACCCGAUAGUGUUUAUGGGCCGAACCACCCCUCGCGCUUUAGACGGUGUGGUGGAUGGUGUCGUCAAGUCGAGCGAGGAGCAGAGUAUGACUGAAACCGGCGAGAUGAACAGCAGCAACAGCAACAACGUCAGCAACAGCGAGAGCAAGGACAGCGCUGCAGGUGGACAAGAGAAGGCAGGGGAGGCCCAAGGAAAGGACGAGAACGGUAUGCAAGCGUUCUUCACGAAGUUUGGGGCGGUGCCGGUGUCCCCGCGAAACAUGUACCGCCUGCUAAAGAGAGGGGACAACGUGCUGCUGUUCCCCGGUGGAGUUAGCGAGGCAUACCACAGAAAGGGCGAGGACUACAAGCUGUUCUGGCCGGAGAAGGCCGAGUUCGUUCGCCAAGCCGUCGCCUCCGGCGCUAUCAUCGUUCCCUUCUCCGCCAUUGGCGUCGCCGAUAGCCUGGAGAUGGUUCUCGACGGGGAUGAACUCCUGGACUUGCCCAUCAUUGGAGACCGCCUGCGGAAGUCAAGCGCAGCUGCACCCUCUGCGAGAGGUGGGAGCUCAAAAGAGCAGUUCGUGUCCCCACUGGUGUUGCCGAAGCUUCCCUCUCGAGUGUAUGUCAGAUUCGGUGAGGCGAUCACCCUUGAAGGCCUGGACAAGAGCGAUAAGGAAGCUUGCCAAGAGGUUUAUGAGACUGUCAAGGACGAGGUGGAGCUAGGCAUCCAGUCAUUGCUGAGAGCACGAGAGCAAGACCCUUACCUUGACCCGACAACACGCUUGCUCUACGAGCGGGUGAAAGGGGAGGCCGCCCCUACGUUUCCUGCCUCAGUUCUCGAUGCCGCAGUAUUGAGAACAAGGCUUGCUCGGGAAGGGAAACGACGAAGGCAGAGGCAAAGAAUUGUUGCACCGGCCACGACGGAGAAGCCUGUGGAGUCGACAGUUGGGGUGGGCACCGCCGCGGCUGACAAGUUGGCGGACAAAGUAACCGCUGUGGCCCCUGAACCAACGGAGUAGAGUUGUAUACAAGACUACAGGCAUCAAUUUUGUAGGCAGCAGGCGGAAGAAAAACGCAGCAAGGGAAUGGAUUGCGAUGGAAUUCGGAAGGGGGACAUCGCAAACGGAUUAGAAGAAUGGGAUUGGCAGCUUGAAUGGUUGACAAGGUAAAUGCUGAGUGGUACGAGCUAGGGAAGGUGGAGUUGUCAUAAGCAUGGGUCACAUGGAGAUGGGAGGAGAGUAGGUGUGGAAUGGCAUUCUGUAGCGUUAUUGAUGUCAUAUUAUGCCAACCGUAGAGAAAGAGGAGCGUUGAGCGGCCUCGAAAGCCAGCAGAAUCUGAACAGGAACGAAACGUGAAACAUUUCAGAAUCAGGUGCAUGUAGGCGAGUGUUCUUAGCCAAUUGAUCACUGCUGUAGACCUCUUCUGUGCUGUGUGAGCUUCUGGCUACGGAGAGUCGGCUAGGGGUGGUGCGACCUUUUUGGGUAAAUUUCAUCAUGCAAUAUUAUGAUGAACGAUAUGGUAAUACUGCUGUGACAGUAGUACUGAAGCUUUUGAACGAGUCUACCGUUGGAAACGAUUGUGAGACACGUGAGGAAAUGGCCCGUACAUGUGGAGUUUGACGACACGUUUGGGUAGCCUUUCCGAAACGGCAGCCUGCACGUGUGUGCUGCAUAGUUGUGCGGCUCCGGG